AUUAAACUAAUAGUUUGUUUUUUUAUGACAAGGUGUUAAGAAAGUGAUAUAAAACUGAUAUUAGCUUAGCACAAGACACUCACUACCAAUGGAAUAAUGUUGUAACAUGGAUCCAACAUCAGCCACUUGUAGCAGGGAGAGUGAGGUUAGCUUGCCUGCGAAUGCGACCUGAUGUGCUAUGGACCAGCAAUCGGGCAGUGGUGAAGCUAUACACGAUUCCUCAAGGGGUGGAGACCUUUUUACAUUUCUCUACAACUUUAUUAACCAGAGUGCAGAGCUACAGGGCGCGUCCACACAGAGCGGAAUUUUAACCGCACCUUCCAAUAUUGUCGUCACAGCAAAUAUUGCUGAAAAUAUUGUUCAGAACAUACAAAACAUAGAUCCUGUACUUCAAGGUGGUUUAUUGGAUAACCACCUUGUCGACUUUCCAGUAUCACCAGACAAAACCACAUUAAGUACCGGCUGUUCUUGUGCUGGUACUGGUAGUGGAUCAGCUAACAGAUCUGUUCAAACAACGUCAGGUCCAAGUGUUUCCGGUUACCAGCUUAACAACAAUAACAACAGUAAGGAAGACUUCAUUGAUCACUCCAACAUUUGUAAAACAAUCAACGAUAUAAAUAACAACCAACAACAGUCCGAUAACUUUCCACCCUCCACAAGCAUGCCACAAAACACUGGUCAUCCGAUGUCCAACAUAAGUGUUCCUGCAUCCGGAGGAGAGUUUCUUCAGGCUCCUCUACAUCCGCCUCCAAUCCAGAUUGAUUCUUCGCAAAACUUUCCCCUUCAAAACUGGAACAUGGAUGCUGCAGGAAACACAAUGAAUUUAUCUGAAGUAUACGCCACCUCGAGUCUUCACUACCCAACACCAGAAAUGAACCAAGCUACUAUCCCUGUCUACCCUAACACUGGAUUAGACCAAAGCUACUUGCAAGGUGUGAUAGGGAACACAGGGUUUGUUCCACAACAGCAGUUUAACCUACAUAGAACCAACCAGAUAAACCAUUUGCUGCAAAAUUCCCUCCCCAUGCAAGAACUUAACUCAGCUUUGCUCAGACCGGAUAACCUAUCUGUUUCAAGAAGCCAAGAAAUGCCAGUCAUGUCUUCAGCAUAUGGGAUCAAUGCUUAUCAUCAGAAUUCAAAUUAUAACACAAUGAACAAAGUUUCACUUACACAGAACGUCAACCAACAAGUUGUGGAUUAUGAUGCUUAUAAUAACAAUGGUACAGUUGGUGCUCUUCGUCACUCUUCCACUGUCAGAAAGUCCUCCAGACAUGAGAGUGGUAGCGAGGAGAGCUUAGUGGAGGAUCGGACAGGAGAGAAGAAACUUACGAGCACUCCAAUCCCCUCAGAUGCAGAGAAAACCUGCAGUAGCAGCGUAAGCAGCGGGAGCCAUGAAGAGUCACCAAGUCCCCAGGAAGUGGAUGUUGGAAAUCCUCAGAAGCAGGUGCAGAUACCUUGCAGUGGAUCCUCAUUUUCAAACGUUGAGCAGCAAGAUGAAGAUCCGGAGUUCCAGCAGUUAGUCGGAGAUACUUCCAUUGAUGCGGCGGCAAAUUUGAUUCCCGUUGCUGAAAAUGUGGUAGAAAUUGAUCAAGAAACUGGAGAUUCUCCUGUUCCUGAAAAUGUGACUUCUUCUGCACAGUCUGCGUCGAAAAGUUCUCAAAAUAAGAAUUAUCCUCAAAGCAACGGGGGUUCGAAUAAAAUCUUACAAGCAAGUUGGACACAUACUAAACCACAUACGUCCAUUACUGAAGCAUCGAAUGCGGCAAAGAAAAAAGAAAGAAUGGCUAAUGAGAGCAAAGACUCUUGGUCAGUUCGUAAGGAAGAGAGGAGAAAACGUCGGCUGCAUAAAAAACGACUAAAAGCAAAGCAAAUGCAAAGUGAUUCUGGAGAGUAUGAGGCUCAUGAUCGAAUUGAGCAGCUGGGAACUAUGAGCACUGAAAACUACAGUGGACAUGACUCUCACGGCGGCAGCAAUCAUCCUCAUCGAAAACAUCACAGAACCAAUGACUCCUGGGAUAAGAUGGUGAAUGGUGCAAGUGAGCAAAUACAGAGCUCACAAUCCGAACAGUAUCCAACUGCUUAUCGUGGUUUGAUUCCUAAAGCAACUGCUGAUCCCACCAACAAUGCAAAUAUAAUUGCUAAAAAUAACCGAUUGCAAGAAGGACACCGGAAAGACUUUCGAAAACAUAAACACAGCGAGAAAAAACGAUCGAAAGUGCGACUAAAAUCGCAAAUGACUCCAGAUUCCACAAGAGAAAAUUCAUCUCUGCAACAGAAUGCUUUUUUACAAGAGAAUGGUGCCAUCAAAAGCAGUGGUUCAACUGGAAAGUCAAAUGAAGUUAUUAAACCUUCGGACAUUCAACCAACCACCAAUCAUAAUGAUGGUGAGAACUCGAACAACAAUUUAUCUGCGAACCAGGGAGGAAAUAUUGGUGUACGAAGGUGGCAAACUGUCACUGCUGUGCAAGGCCCAAAACUACCACCCAUGUUAUCAGAAAGGGACCGUAUUCCAAAAAGAGGUAGACCCUCGAAAAAAAUGACUGAGCAGAAUUUAAAACUAAAAGCAGAAGCCUUGCAAGCGGCACAAAAGAAAGCCGAUACAAACACACCUAAAGCACCUGUAGUUCCACCAACAGGAUCUAAUCUUGUUUCCUUGUACACCAUAAAUGACAAAGGAUUUAUACAGGAGAUUGCCAACAAACCUAAAGAAAGCCGACGGAGCAAAGAGAGAGCCGAAGCUUUUUUAACAAUGUUGUCGGAAAUAUCCAAGAAAAGUUCAAUUCAGACCAAAACUCCCAGUGCAAAAGAUGCAGUCGGAGCUUUCAAGGCUGUCGGCGUGAGGACAAGGAAACAAGCAUCAACCGGAUCUUCUGCUGAGAAAAAGAAGUCUCGCUCCAGCAAAGUCUUUGGAGGUGAGUGUGCUCCUGCUUCCACUAAAGAGCUGAAUAAAUCUGCAGAUGGCAUGAAUGAACACGGUGUGUACACUUUCUCCGAGCUUGCCAAGCAAUACAAGAUCUCUGACUCUAUUCUAUACAGAGCAAUGGAGCAAUCGCAGCGUGGUGUGAAUUCCAAAUCAAAGGUAUCCAAAUCAGUCCAGAAACCUAAAUUGGAAAAAUCUAAUAGAUCAGUGAAACCGCAUAGUAAAACAGAAAGCAAAAAUGAACCUCUUACCACUGUGAAGCCAACUACCCAAUCUGCUAGUUAUAAGGUAGAUUCUAGUAAAGCAGAACAUAAACUACCUACUGCUGAGAAAACCAGUACAAGCAGUACUUCUCAGUUUUCAAGUGAGUCCAGCACCCUCAAGCCUAUUUCUCUAUCAAGUGAGAAAGCCACCGAGUUAUCAGAAUUGGAGCUACCAUCUCCAACUCAUGUUCAAAAGAUAAAGAGGAAAAAGAAAAAAAAGAAACACAAAAGAGAAAGAGAUGAGGAUGGAAAGAGAAAAAGAAACAAAGAGAAGAAGAAGAAAUCAAAGCACAAGCACAAACGAUCAAGAGAGGCGUCAGAUUCUGUUUUCACAACUACCGAGAUAAACAACAGUUCAGAACAUUUGUCCUCCACUCCACAGUUACCCAGGACAAGCGCUAAGACUCACAUGCCCAAAUCAGCUGCUUCUCUAUCUAAACACAAAGAUUCAAGUCCAUCUGUAACAUCAAAUAACUCUGCUAGCACAUCAAAGAGAGAUAGAAGCGUCUCAAGUUUAUCAGGUCUGGAUGAAGAUCAGGCAUAUGAUGCUGGAGACAGCUCUUCAGAUGCUGAUGUUACAAAGCAGACCUGCGAAAAAUCUCGGAAGAAGUCUUCGUCAAAUGGAAUAUCCACCUCUGCAGCAUCGGCUGUGUUUGGCUCUAGUGUUUCCUCAGUUAUGCCAUCUUUCCAUGCAAUUAAGGAGCACGGCGGGCUAGAGCAACUGUCUGAACAAACCAAAAGGCUUGAGGGCCAUGAGAGCUUGAUUAAGAAACACAAACACAAGCGGAAGAAACUUGUUCGUCGAACUAAAAGCAUCUCCGACCCGAAGUUCCUUGGCAACAUGGAAGAACUUGUGCAAAGUUUACAAAAUGUAAAGAUCUCAGAAUCCGAAUCGUUUUUGUCUAGCUCCAUUGUAUCAAAGUCGAAUAUUUUUGCCAAGAAACCUGGUCUGUUCUCUGGUAUGUCAAACCAACACAAUCUUUUUAGUGGAGAUGCUUUUUCAUACAGAGAUCCUUCGAAAAACUCCAAAUCCAAAAAUCCUUCAUUUUCAAAAUCUACAUCUAUUGAAACAGCAGACAGUUCGCUCAACUUUGGAAAAUCAGAUCGCUACGGAUUUUCUUCAUUCUGCAGGUCAAACUUUUUUCAAGCGCACGGAUUUAUCAAAAAACACACAGGGCCACCAAUCAGACCUUUCAUGAGCAAUGCAAAUGCCAACAGUGAGCAGAGCUUUAUUUUUUCAACAAGUGAAUCAGCAUACAGGAAUGAACCUUUACCUUCCAAAUUCAGCAACAUAGAUAGCUCCAAAACUGGUGUCCCUUGCUCUGAGUCAUUAAGAGAGGAUGAGGGCCCUGGAAGCAGUAAAAAAGGUGGGAAGAGGAAGAGAGGAUGGCCUCUUGGAAGACCCAGAGGUCCACGUAUGAAGAGAUCGAUGCUAGAUGCAAGUGACAGCUCAGCAAGCAGUGUUGGAUCAAAUUUUACAACGAAAAAUAAUCCAGGUUCCUUGACAAGCUCUGCUGGAGAUAAUGAUGGAAAUAAACUGUUUCCUGCGGAUUCGCAGCUUUGUGAUACUUAUCAAACUGGUAAAGCUAUAGAACAGGACUCCAACAACAGUAAAAAAUCAAAGAAAGGUAAUACUGAAAAAGCUACAACAUCAUCACAGCAAGCCCCCUUUGCUGAUGAUCUGGUCAGUCAUAUUAAAGCAGUGAUUACUGCCACACUUACUCAGUCUGAACUAUCAACUGAAAAAGUUUCGAAAACUGUUGAUAUUGCUGUGGCUGAUUAUCUGCAAUACAAGAAGACCAGUUCCCAACCUGAUGAGAAAACUGUGUCACAUCUAAAAACUUUGUCCAAGUCUGACAGUGGACCACCUGUGAAAAAGGCAAGAGGAAGACCACCUAAGGUCACAAAGAAAAAUAAAUCUGAUAGCCGUAACGUAAUAAAUGAACCAGAGGACCAAAAUCUUGAUUUACUGAAAGAAAAAAGUACAAAGAAACCAACAGCAAAUCAGGUUAAAUCAGAUAAUGAUACUUCUGAUGAUGAUCUACCAUUAAAAGCAAGAAUGAACAAUUUCUCGAGAAAGCGUGGUCCAGGUAGACCAAGAAAAAGUGACGAUUUAACGACAUCUGUGCCCUCACAAAAAGACCAAGUUCAUGUGGAUCAGAGUCGCAACAGAACCAGGAGAUCUUCAAGUCUUCUAACAUCAGCUACAAGAAAAUUCAAGCAAACAGCGCAAAAAACUAAGAGUACAGUUGUAAAAACCAAGCGAGGCAGUACCUUGAAACAAUCCACUAAUGUGUCUACUAAUGGAGCUAUUUCAUGUCAAAAAGCAAAAGUAGCAGUUGGUGCUUGUUUGUCAUAUAAAGCUCUUAACCAACAAUCACAAUCUGCUUCAUGGAUUAGAUCACUCAAUUCACCCCCACCUGGUAUGUAUGAUGGCAUGCAAGCUGACAAGCAUAUGGAUGAAGCAAUAGAAGAUGCAAUAAUCAAAUGUAACAAACCCACCCCUCCGACUAAGACUAUAUGCUGCACAGUUUAUGAUCACGCACACAAACCUGUGAGCAAAAAGAGCUUGGAAUCUGUGGUUGCAAAACUAAAGAGAAAACAAACUUCUGUGGAGAACUCGGAAUCUGAAGGAAACUCGAAUGCAAAUAACAACGGUCAUGUAAAAUUAGAGGAGGGUGUGGAGACAGCCGCAGCUGGAAAACUCAGUCAUGCUGCUCGAAAAAUAUCGAAUGAAAGCGAAGUUUCAAGUCCAUGUGCAGACGAAGCCACCCAACUUGACUUUUAUGGCGACGCGUCAGAUUUGAAUUUGAUGCAAAACAGGAAAGAGAAGCAAGUUGGGCAUGCCUCUGCUGCUGGAAUAUCAAUAGCAGAUGGCCAAUCCACUUCAAUGCUUCUUCCACAACGGAAAAAAACUUUCCUUAAGUCUGGGCUAUUUUCAUCCCACUUCAAAACACAAAGUGGUGAGGAUGUUGAAGACGAAGAUGUCAAUGAAUUGCUCCCGAUGCCGAUUCAUGCCGGCAACUUCCUCUUAAAAUCAAGAAAAGAUUUCCAGCUUCCAUUUAACAUAUGGUGGAUGUACAACCGCAAACUAAUCUCGCCAAGCCAGGAUCUUGCCACACAGUUCAUUAAGAUUGAAAAAAACGUGUACGUGGACAGCCAGCCGACAUGCGAGCAAGAGGAACAUGUAUGCGUCUGCCAAACCCUUUCCGACAUUCAUUCCCUCUCCUCUGACGUCCAUGGCUGCGGAAAGGAAUGUCUCAACCGACUCAUGUAUAUUGAGUGUUCCCCCGACACCUGUCCGUGCCAAGACAAGUGUGCGAACCGAUGUAUACAGAAGCAACAGUGGUGGAAAGAUCUCGAAAGAUUUCGAACCAACGAUCGUGGUUGGGGGGUUCGUACCAACUCUGAUAUACCUGAAGGCCAGUUCUUACUGGAAUACGUCGGUGAGGUUGUGAGCGAACGCGAGUUCCGGCGUCGAACAAUUGAGAAUUACAACGCUCAUAAUGACCAUUAUUGUGUUCAAUUGGAGGCUGGUACGGUGAUUGACGGCUACAGACUUGCUAAUGAGGGAAGAUUUGUGAACCACAGCUGCCAACCGAACUGUGAGAUGCAGAAAUGGGUUGUGAAUGGUGAAUACAGGGUCGGUUUAUUCGCAAAACGCCCAAUCGUCAGCAGCGAAGAGCUCACGUACGACUACAACUUCCACGCAUAUAACCUGGACCGCCAGCAGCCGUGCAGAUGCGGUAGCUCGGAAUGCCGAGGAGUGAUUGGUGGAAAGACGCAAAGAGGAGCGGAGCAAGGAGGAAAAACGAGGAGCACGCUCCACCCGACCAAAGAACGUCGACCAAAACACGCAUCAUGUGAAACACAUUUAUAUUCAACAACAACACAGGACCAGAAUAUUGAAGUGGGCACGAGAAAAUACAAGGUCGAACAGAUGCCUUCGAUAUCAGAGGACGAAAAAAAGUUUGUGAAGCGAUCUCGGCUGUUCCUGCUUCGCAACAUGCGCCAGACGAAAAUUAACCACGAAAAGUCGUCUCCGCGAACCCACCCCCACGACGAUACAGAUCACGAGAGCGACGAGUCAGAGACAUCUACGAAAUCCACUUUGCUACGUGACGCAAUCAAUGACGUGUUCACUGCAGUCAUGACUUGCAAAGACGAAAACGGAGUUUCAGUCGCAAUACCGUUCAUUAAUUUACCUUCAAAAACCCAGAAUCCCGAGUAUUACGACCACGUGACUGACCCGGUUGAUUUGAGUUUCGUGGAACAAAAGAUUGUGACGAAAGAAUACGAAAAUUUCCAGGAGUUUUGCGUCGAUCUUCAACGAGUGUUCAGAAACGCGGAGAAAUACCACGGCAGAAAAUCGACUUUGGGCCGUGACGUGGCUCGACUGCGGCGUUCCUUCGCCUGCGCUCGUUCCCUGGCCGCAGCAACGCUGGGCGAAGACGAAGAGGACGAAAAGAAGAAGGAGUGCUCGGCACAGCAGAAAGAACUGGACGAACGAAGGAAGAACGGAGAUUACAUAAGGUGUAUAUGCGGGAUAUUUAAGGACGAAGGCCUCAUGAUACAGUGCGAGAAAUGCUAUGUUUGGCAACACUGCGACUGCAUGGACGCACGACCCGACGAUUACAACGAUGAACGGGCUUACUUGUGCGAGGAAUGCGAUGCUAGACAAGUUCCCUCACAAGUUCGAGUUGUUCCCCAGCCACCCAACGCACCACCCGGCCACACAUAUUAUCUAACGUUAAUGAAGGACGACAUGCAAGUCAAACAAGGCGACUGUGUGCGUAUGAUACACGACCACAGGCUUCGACAGCGCCCAUCGAGCCAACCACCAGUACGAUCAUCCUACCGACUCCAAUCUCACUCCACACCGGACACCAUGGACUUUUUCCGUAUAAAGAAGCUAUGGACGGACGACAACGGAGACAAGUUCGCGUACGGUCACCAUUUCCUCCGUCCUCACGACACCAGGCAUAACGAAGGUCGUCUUUUUUACAAUAACGAGUUGGUCGCUACUCCUUUCCAUGAAAUCGUUCCGCUAGAGGCGGUAGUAAGCAUCUGCUGUCUCAUGGACUUUGAAACAUAUUGUCUUGGUCGACCGAAAGGCGUGAAAGACGAGGAUAUAUACAUCUGCCAGCACCGUGUCGAUCUAUCCUUCCGUAUAGUUGAACGUGUGAUAAAAACUCGAUACCCGACAUGUACCAAACCUCACGUGUUUGACGUCUACCCAUCCAAACUUGAACCCACAAAAGAUUUAUUGGUGCCCGAGCAAUACAGGAAGAAUGCUUUCCGUCGAACUUUGUGGCUCAAAUCAACAGAACAUGGAAAUAUGAAGUCUGAUGAAGACGAAAGUAGCGGCGACGAAGAAGUCUGCCUGCCGAGCCAAGGUGAGAGCAUCGAGCCUGAUGCUCUGAUGGCUGAUGACGUCAGCAUGGAAGAUAAUGCAGAUAAUAGGGACGUCAAGCAACGACGUUUAAAUGGAAUUCUCAGUAAGCUUAUGAAGGAUGCCAACAGCAGGAAUCUGCAAGCAUCGACAUAGCCGGGCAUUGCACACCGCACACGUACAAUCACACUUUCUAUCUAUCCACAACCUUCCACUUUGCACUUGUUUGAUGGAUGUAGUGUUCCUCGCAUGCAGUCCCUAUUCGCUCCGUUUGCGUCCGCUAGACGGCGCCCAAGGUCAACAGUAUUGUGAGAGACCAAAAGCCCUCGACUCGACUUGUACAAACAGACUAUAUCAGCGGCUCAUCGCUCACAUUGGUUUUCAUCAACUUGCCAAAUUUUCAAAUACAGCGAGCCGCUUAGCUUGCCUCGUCUUAAAAUCCCUUUCGCCGAGCGAAUCGACCACAAAUAGUAGACAAUGUUUGAUUACUUUUUUUGUAACGCCACUUUCCUAUGAAAGAAAUUAACCACGUUGGUUUAUUUUACCACUUUAAAACCAUUUUUAACCUAAAAAAUAUUCUUAAUCGACAGUACGAUUGGUACAAAAUGAACUUGCUUACAGACACUGUAUAAUUUACAAUUAACCACACCACAUGUCACAAAACUGUCACGCGUUAUUGUAUUUCGACUGAAUCAGCAUCUGAACUAACUUUCUAAAAGUCUACAAAUUUCCGAAGGUGUUUCGCUUGCCCGUUAUAGGUGUAUACAUUUUGUGUCCUUUCGCAGUUUUUUCCCAAAGCAAUAUGUUUUUUUUCGCGCUCGUUUUUCGCUGUACAUAGCCCACAACAUUUCUGUACGUGCUCGCAGUGCAUAAUCAUAUAUACAUAGACUAAAGAAAUAUAUUCUAUACUUACGUUAUCGCCGUACACGUUUUAUUUUACCGCCUGAACGUGUGUAAAUGUAUAUUUUCGAACAAGAUCGGCGGCUUGUUGCACUGCGUCGCGCUUUUAGCAUGCUUAUUGAUUUCAAUUGUUUUGUACUUUUAUUUCGUGCCGUAAACGCUUUUAUUCCAGCUGGUUGCCAAAAGUUCCAUUGCCCGCAUAUUCGCUUAUAAGCUCGGUAUGUUGGCAGGUUGUUUUAAGCGUCUGUAUUCUUAUGUAACUUCGUCGUUGUUAAUGUGAAAUAGACACGAGCUUGAACAGCCCUGCCACGCCGGUUGACAAUAAUAAAAAGUACACGCGUCUUUGUCAAUA